AACUUAAAGAGCCUAAUAAAUUUAAUAAAUCUAAUGAAUAUAAUGAAUCUAAUAAAUUUGACAAAUAUAGUAAAUCUGAAGAACUUGAAGAGCUUGAACAAGUUAAAAACCCUAAAGAACUAAAUAAAAAUAAACUAGUUAAAAAUUAUGCAAAAAAUGAUUAUAAUAAAACUAAGCAGGAUAACAAAAAAAAAAACCAAUCUGGAAACAUUUUAAAACAGCUAAAUCUGGAUAUACUG